AUGAUGGGUUUUGAUUUUUCUAAGCGACAGUGGCUGACGAUAGUCGUUAUCGGGAUAGCUGAUUUUUGUAACGCAAUCUGUGUCGCGCUGCAAGCUCCUUUUUAUCCGAAAGAGGCUGAGAAGAAAGGCUGCACGGCCACAGAAUAUGGACUGGUGUUCGGGGUCUUCGAGUUAGUGGUGUUCAUUGUGAGCCCCAUCUAUGGCGCCCAUCUUAACAGGAUCGGACCGAAGCUACUGUUCAAUACUGGCAUAUUGACAACCGGGACGUGUGCAAUAUUGUUCGGUUUGCUAGAUCGAGUAGAAGGCCAUGUUCCCUUUAUAACGCUCAGCUUUGUAAUAAGAAUCGUGGAGGCGAUGGGAAACGCUGCCUUCCUGACCGCUUCUUUUGCUAUAAUAGCAAAGGAAUUCCCUAACAACGUUGCCACCAUGUUUGCGUCUAUAGAAACGUUUUUCGGUUUGGGCCUCAUCGUUGGUCCGACUCUGGGCGGAGCGCUGUACGGAUUAGGCGGCUACAGUCUACCAUUCGCCGUGCUUGGUUCGGCGCUGUUCUGCGCCGCGGUUAUGAGCUGUUUCGCUUUACCAGCAUACCACGACGACGAAGACCUGAAGCCCACCGGACCUACGAUAUUCACGUUGCUGCGGAUCCCUGGCGUUUUAUUGUCAGCAAUCAGUAUCAUUUCGACGAGUAUGAGCAUUGGAUUCCUUCAAGCGACUUUAGAGCCUCACUUACGACAGUUUGAAUUCUCCCCCGUGAUCCUGGGAUUAAUGUUCGUCAUUAAUGGAGGGGUGUACGCGGCCUCGGCUCCGGUCUGGGGUUGGAUAUGUGAUCGGCCGGGAAUGAAACCGAAAUACGUGACGAUCAUCGGCUGUGCCUGUGUUGCUAUAGGAUUCCUGCUUAUAGGACCAGCUCCUUUCUUUGAUAUGCCAACUAUAUUAUGGGUGACCGUGAUGGGCUUAGUGUUUCACGGCCUCGGGAUCGGCAGCCAACUGGUGGCAUCAUUCUCCGAUGCCCUGAACACAUCUAUUGCUAGUGGUCUACCAAACUCCAUAGAGACGUAUGGUCUGGUGUCUGGGAUGUGGACGUCGGUCUUCGCUCUCGGAGCUUUCAUUGGGCCAACGGUCUCCGGUCUCCUGUACGAUUCCAUCAAGUUCCGGGGCUCGACUUUAUUCAUAUUCACGACACACGUUAUCGUCAUGGUGCUGGUGUUAAUGUUCGUGUGGAUUUGGGAUCAUACUGGAUCUUUGGACGUUUCGGUUUCGUCGGGCGACUUGCUACAACUCGACGGGACCUUGGACGAGAGUGUACUGGUCGGAGACAAGUUCACUUUAAAUCAGAAGAGAACGACGAGUCGCCGUUGCGGAAUAAGCGUGGAGAAGUCUCGUCCGCCAGCCAUGAACAGCUUGAUCGCGUGCUCCAGCUACAAGAAUCGGCGCAGUCCCUGGUCUCAGCGCACUCCGCGGUACAGACCUACUUACGGAAGUCUGGACAACCGAUAUAGAGGGACUUACGGCACAUAA